UUACUAUAUCAAGUCUAUUUUCAAACUGCUCCCCAUCCACAAAUGCACCACGAACCCAAACACGAUGUCGAAAACAACACCACCUAUCCCGAAGGCGGCCUCCAAGCCAACCUCGUCGUAGGCGGCAGCUUCAGCUCGAUAAUGGGCGGUCUAGGCCUAAUGAACAGCAUCGGAAUCUACCAAGCCUGGAUAUCAACCCACCAACUUUCAGCCCUCAGCGCCGGCCAAAUCGGCUGGAUAUUCGGACUAUACAACUUCAUGGUCUUCUUCUGCGGCAUCCAAAUCGGUCCUAUCUUCGACGCUCGCGGUCCACGAUUACUCAUGUGGUUUGGCUCUGCGCUGAUCAUAAUCACCUUCGUUGCUAUGGGCUUUUGUACCCUCUACUGGCACUUUCUCGUCGUCAUCGGAAUUCUCGGCGGAAUGGGAACAAGUUUUAUCUUUAUUGUCCCCGUUGCUAGUAUUGGGCAUUUCUUUAAUCGACGCCGUGGCGCUGCGACGGGUCUUGCUUUGUCUGGUGGAAGUAUCGGGGGUGUGAUUUUCCCGCUUGUUCUUGAGACUCUUGCGCCUAGGAUUGGUUUCGCUUGGUCGACUAGGAUUAUUGGGUUGAUUACUUUAGUCCUGCUCAUUCCGGGCGUUGUUCUCGUCAAGGCGAAUCUCCCGCCCAAGCCGCCCUCGCCGCCGUCUGCGAAGGUCUUUCUGCCUGAUUUGGGGAUUUUGAAGAAUCCUGUUCUUGCAUUUACGACUUUAGGGGUGUUUUUUAUUGAGUGGGGGUUUUUUAUCCCGCUCGAGUAUAUUGCUUCGUAUGCUUUGGCUAAUGGGAUUGAUCGGAGACUGUCUUAUCUGAUGGUUGUUUUUCUGAACGCGGGCUCGUUUCCGGGUCGGUGGCUGCCGGGGAUCUUGGCUGAUAAAAUUGGCCGGUUUAAUACACUGCUUUUGACGAAUAUUCUUUGUCUGGUGUCUGUUUUGGCGAUUUGGAUGCCGGCUGGUGGGAAUGUUGUUGCUGUUAUUAUUUUCUCAGUUGUCUUUGGAUUCGCCAGUGGGAGUAAUAUUAGUCUUGUUCCUGUUUGUGUUGGGGAGUUGUGUCCUGUUGAGAACUAUGGGAGGUAUUAUACAACGGUUUAUACCAUUGUUAGCUUUGGGGCUUUGACAGGUGUUCCUAUUGCAGGAGAGAUUCUUCACCGAUGCAAUGGCGAGUAUUGGGGGUUGAUUGCUUUUGCUGGGUGUGCUUAUGCUGCUGGCAUUGUGUGCUUCUCUGUGACAAUGUGGCUGCGGCGGAAGGGGGUGAAGAAUUAA